AUGGCUGAAGCAAUUAUUUCUGGUGUCUUGGGGCAACUGAAUUCAAUCAUUGGUCAACAAAUACUACAGGAGGUGAAGCUAGUUGUUGGUGUAGACAAAGAAGUCAAAAAGCUUACAAGCAAUCUUGAAGCUAUUGAAGCAGUGGUCCUUGAUGCAGAGGAAAGACAAGUGAAGGAGAAAAUUGUAAGACUUUGGUUAGAUCGGCUCAAACACACAUCCUACGACAUUGAUGAUGUGUUGGAUGAGUGGAACUACACCAUGUUGAAACAGCAAAUUGAGGGAUCUACUUCUAUUCCUAAGAAAAAGGUUUAUUUCUUCUUUCCUUCCUCUUGCUUUUCAUUCAAACAAAUGAGCUUACGUUAUGACAUUGCGAUAAAAAUAAAGGAAGUCAAUGAGCAUUUAGAUGACAUUGAGAAACAAAAAGAUAUGUAUAACUUUAAGGUGAGUAGAAGUGUUGGGAAGUCCGACCGAGUACAAAGUACCUCAUUUGUUGAUGUGUCCAAUAUAUAUGGUCGAGUUGAGGAUAAGAAUGCUUUAGUACAUAUGUUGUGUGAGAGUAGUGAGCAGCACCCCCAUAUCAUCUCUAUUAUAGGGAUGGGGGGAAUCGGCAAGACAACUCUUGCUCAAUGUGCUUCUAAAGACAAUAAGGUGAUAAACAACUUUGAUCAAGUAAUGUGGGUGUGUGUGUCAGAACCUUUUGAUGAAUACAGGAUAGCCAAAGCAAUCAUUGAGGCUUUAGAAGGUUUUGCUUCGAAUUUAGGUGAAUUAGAAUCGAUUUUUCAGCAUAUUAGUAGAUCUAUUGCUGGAAAGAAAUUUUUGCUUAUCUUGGAUGAUGUGUGGUCAGAUGACUACAAAAAUUGGGAGCCAUUAUAUUAUUGUUUGAGAAAUGGUCUCCAUGGUAGUAAAAUUUUAAUUACUACACGUAAGGAAUCAGUGGCACGUAUGAUGGAAUCAAUUGACAUUAUUAUUGUCAAAGAAUUGCCCGACGAAGAAUGUUGGUUGUUGUUUAGGCGAUUAGCAUUUUCUGCUAGAUCCGAAGAGGAGUGUGAAAAUCUAGAAGAGAUCGGCAAGCAAAUUUUAAAAAAGUGCAAGGGUUUGCCUCUUGCUGCAAAGACUCUUGGUAGUCUUUUGCGCUUUAAAAAAACUAAAGAAGAGUGGCAAAAUAUUUUUGAUAGUGAUUUGUGGAAACUUGAAGAGUGUGGAAAAGAUAUUUUUGGUCCUCUACUAUUGAGUUAUAAUGAUUUGCCUUUUAAGAUAAAACGAUGUUUCACAUAUUGUGCCAUCUUUCCAAAAGACCAUAACAUAAGAAAAUAUUAUUUGAUUAAAUUAUGGAUGGCUCAAGAUUAUCUCAAAGAAGGAAAUAAAGUAAUGGAGAUAGUUGGUCAAGAGUAUUUUGACUACUUAGCAUCUCGUUCAUUCUUCCAGGAGUUUAAAAAAGACCAUCACAAUAAUAUCUUUGAAUGUAAGAUGCACGAUUUAGUACAUGACUUUGCUCAAUUCCUGAGUAAGAAUGAAUGUCUCCAUAUAGAAGUUCAUGAUUUUAAAGAGCCAAACAUAAACUCUUAUCAUGAGCAAGUUUAUCACUUGAUGAUAACAUUUGAUGAAGGGAUUCCAUUUCCUGAUUCAAUUUGUAGUCUCAAAAGGUUGCGUACUUUUUUAUGUGAUCUUGAAGAUUUCAAGCAUUCAUUGCCUUGUAAUAUCAUACCAAAAUUAUUUGAUGAAUUGACAUGUUUAAAGGCAUUAAAUAUUGGUGGAAGAGUGAGGCAAUUUGGAAAAAAUAUUGACAACAUUCCGAAGGAGAUAGAAAAAUUGAUACAUUUGAGAUAUCUUGAUUUGAAAGAACUAGAAAUGAGAAAACUUCCUGAAGAAUUAUGUGGAUUAUAUAAUUUGCAAACUUUAGACAUUAGUUUUUGUCAAAAACUAGAGGAAUUACCUCAAGGGAUUGGAAACUUAAUAAAUCUAAGGCAUCUAGAAAAUGAUGAGGUUUGGUCAUUAAGAUACAUCCCAGUGGGAAUUCAAAAAUUGACUAAUCUCCAAACCUUAAAGUUAUUCGUUGUGAGUGGAGUUCGUAGUAAUGAUGACAAAGCAUGCAGCCUUGAAGAUUUGAAAAACAUCAACCUAUAUGGAGAUGAUUUGCGUAUACACAAGUUGGGAAAUGUAUCAAAUGUGGAUGAGGCUAGAAGAUUAGAGCUCAAGAAUCGGAAAAACCUCCUUCAUUUGUCUUUGGAUUUCAGAAAAGAUGGAGGAGAGAGAAUAAAUGAGGAUGAGGAAGCACUUCUUGAAAUCUUACAACCAACUUUAAAUUUGGAGAAGUUAUUGCUAGCAGAUUAUAGAGGCAACUCUAUUUUGCCCAAUUGGAUAAUGUCUUUAACCAAGCUCACGGAUUUUGAAAAGAGUGAGUAA